AUGCCUGCUACCACUAUCAGCAACAAGAUGUCACUACACAAACCACUCACGAUCAGCUUUCUCGAUCUACCAGUGGAGGUUAGAUACAUCAUCUAUCACCUGUUGUGCGGCAACCGCAAGAAGUUUCCCACCCAUCUCGGCCUUCUCAGUCCUACAUGGAAAAGCCCUCAGGUACCUGCCGCCCUGAUGAACACCUGCAGCUCAAUCGCAGCUGAACUCAUGCCACUCUACUUCGGUUCUUGCCUCUUCGUGCUCGAUACCACUGGCAACCAUCCCCUGCGUCAAGCAGCAUUCCAAUGGCUGGAGAAAGUUGGCGAACGCAGCAGUGCCCACUUCCGUCGCCUGCGCGUCAAGCACAGCAUCGUGCCCGGCUACGACUAUGAGAUCGAGAUCACCGUCGCCGACAACAACGAGAUCACUAUCAAGGAACUGAACGGAGGAAUUGAGGCCCAGGGCGUGUACCUUGCCCAUCGACGCCACCUUGACCACUGCGUCCAGCUUGGUGUCACGAUGGUAGAGGAUCUCAAGACAACACUCACGGAGCGCGUCAACUCCAGGAGUUAUGGUGGUUUGGGCGCGGCAGAGUUCGAACUUAUCUUGGAACGUAUCGACUUCCAUCUGUCAUGGCUCAAGAAAGCCCACGAGAGAAAGCACCACAGCAACAGACGCCAGAGCUACUUCUCGUAA